AUGUUGAAUUCUAGUGACUUUUGUCAUCAGCAGGGGGCUCACAUGGUCGUCCUAGACUCGGAGGAGAAAGAAAAAGUACUCACCAAAUAUAUUGAAAAGAUGAAUUUUUUGAACAUAUAUCAAGAAAGAAAUGAACUCUAUAAGAUUGCUCAGAGGGAAUGGGACAUUGAGGCUGAGAAGAAAAACUUUUGUGCAGAUUUCAUUAAGCAUGGUGUACAAAGUUCUAAAUAUAAACACAUUCCUAAUGCAAAGAGAGCUAAUCUGACCACGCCCUCAGGAUUCGCCAUCAAAUCUUCGUCACUUCCGGGAGCGGGGAUGGGCGCAUGGGCGGAGACCUUUGUUCCGAAGUUCACGAUCCUCGGUGUAUAUGAGGGACUUAUUAUACCCGUAGAUAAGCAGGGGACUAACGGUACUUACAACAUAGAUGCAGAAGAUCCGGCCUGUAGUAACUGGUUACGAUUCGUUAAUUCUCCCGCCAAAUAUCAACAGGAAAAUGUCGUUCCUAUCACGUGCGAGGGCAUCAUCUUCUAUAUGACGUCACGUGACGUAGAACCGGGUGAAGAACUUCUGGUCUG